UACAAGUCGGAAUGAUUUCGGCUGCAGUAUUGGUUUUUGCGAUUACUUACGUGCAAGGGGAGUUACUUCCCCUGGAAUUGACUACUACUGCAGGAUGUUACUACCAAGGUUCCUAUUACCCGAUUGGUUCGUUUAAACCUACGCCAUGCGAAUACUGCCAGUGUACUACAAGUGGUCAGGCUAUGUGCGCCAUUGCCGACUGCUUCAUCACACCCUGCGUGGACGCCAUUCAUGAAAAAGACAAAUGUUGCCCAACUUGUCCAAACGGUCAUAAUUGCAAAGCUCCUGAUGGACAUAUAAUAAAAGCUGGGGAUACCUAUCACAUGAACCGCUACACAACCUGUCAUUGUGACGGUCACCAGUUUGGGUCAAACUUGGCUGUCUGCGCGCAUAUAGCGAUAGAUCCACACCAUUUCCCACAUUCUGGUUGA